UCAUAAUGUCCUAAUUUGGAUCGUGACAUAUAUAUAUCAUUAGAUAGUGGUACAUUGUGUUAUUGACUCAUCGUAACAUUUAAAAUUGAUUUGGCAAGUUGUAUUAUAAUGUCAUUUAAUUAUUGAUUGGACAGUUGAAUAAUAUUGCUAUUGUGACAUUUAAGAUUUAUUGGGCAAUGUACUGUGGCAUUGUGUCAUUUGAAUAUUGAUUAUUGGACAGUUGAAUUAUAUUAUUGUGAUAUUUAAAUUAUAUAUAUGCAGAGUUUUUGGCAAAUUAAAGUGUAAGCAAAAAAUAAGAAAUCUUAAAUUCCAUAAUGACAGAGUUUUUCCCCAUGAAGAGUGGUGAAGGUGUAUAUAGCUACACCAAAAAUUCCUCAGCCCAGAGAAAAUUUGCAGAUAAUGCAAAAGUGAUGAUAAGAGAGGCAAUUAUUGAAAAUCUUGAUGUAAAAACCAAAACAUUUCUUAUUGUAGACAUGGGAUGUUCAAUUGGACCAAACACAUUUUUUGCAAUGCAAAAUAUUGUAGAUGCCAUAAAAGAUAAGUACCAUUCUAAAUUAUCACUCGAUUCUAUGAGUCCUGACAUCGAAUUUCAUGUUUUCUUCAACGAUCAUGUCACAAACGAUUUCAAUAUCCUAUUCAAAUCACUAUUUUCCGAUCAAAAACCAUAUUUUGCAUCUGCAAUUCCCGGUUCUUUCUAUGGACGAUUAUUCCCCUUGUCCUCUCUUCAUAUCGCGUAUUCUUGUUGCGCGGUAAAUUGGUUAUCCCAGGCUCCAAAGGAGUUGAUAGAUGUGAAGAAUAAAGGAAGAAUUCAUUAUGAUGGUGCUUCUAUUGAAGUAUGGAAUGCAUAUGUUGCUCAAUUUCACAAAGAUAUGGGAGUAUUCUUGAGUGCAAGGGCAAAGGAAAUUGUUCCUGGAGGUUUAAUUGUUCUUAUUUUGCCAGCUAUUCCAAGUGAGAUAUCAUACUCCAAAAUUGGAUAUAAGAUGUUCACAUUUCUUGAGUCUAGUCUUAUUGAUAUGGUCAAUGAGGGAAUUGUAGAAGAAUCUCUAAUUGACUCAUUCAAUUUGCCAAUAUAUUUUCCCUCUAUUGAAGACAUGACUAAAGUGGUGGAGAAAAAUGGAUAUUUUAGCAUAAAGAGAAUGGAGCUAACAAAUCCUCAAUCUAACAUUGAUGCAAAGAGUUGCAUAAGUCACCUUAGAGCUAGUUUAGAAGGAACAUUCACCAAACAUUUUGGAAGUAAAAUUGCAAAUGAAAUGUUUGAGAGGACUUUGGAAAAAAUAGAAGAGAUUUCUGCAUGGUUGGAAGAUGAAUAUUACAAGACUUCGAGACAAUUGUUGUUAGUUUUGAAAUGUAAAAUUAACUCAUAACGCGUUUCAUCUUUAUCUUGUCUCUGAGGCACCA